AUGGUUUGCUUUCAGAUCCUUUCAGAUCUGCAUCUUGAAUCCCCUUCAGCCUACAGUGUUUUUAGCAUUCCCCCCAAAUCUCAACAGCUUGCUCUUCUGGGAGAUAUAGGCAAUGUUAGAGACCAAGAAUUCUUUCCAUUCAUAGAAAAACAACUUGCCCACUUCCAGACGGUCUUCUUUCUCCUUGGAAAUCAUGAACCAUACCAUUCGAGCUGGGCGGAGGCUCGGAAGCAGGUAUAUGAUUUUUCAAACGACGUCGCUUUGCGAGCGGCCUCAGAUAAGCUAGGGAAAUUUGUCUUUUUGGAUAGGACCCGUUAUGAUAUAUCAGAAGAUAUAACCAUACUCGGCUGCACCCUCCACUCUCAUGUUACCGCUGAACAGGAGGAGAGAGUUAGUUUUGGGCUGAACGAUUUUUACUACAUCGAUGGUUGGACGGUGGAAGCGCAUAACUUGACCCACGCAGAGGACCUCAAAUGGUUAAACGAACAAGUCACUUUGAUCUCGACAUCACAGCCGAAACGGCGUAUCCUGAUAUUCACGCACCAUAGCCCAAUUAUCCACGACAGCCGGGCGGUUGAUCCUGCACACGUCAACAGCCCAAUAGGCUCCGGGUUUGCAACGAAUUUACAAGACGAACAAUGCUGGAAGGAUGGCAACGUUUGUCUGUGGGCUUUCGGGAAUACCCAUUUCAACUUUGAUUUUACUAUACCAUGUGAAGCUGGGAAAGAAAGAAGGAUUAUAAGCAACCAAAGAGGGUACUACUUUAAGCAGGCCGAAGCGUUCGAUAUCACGAAAGUUAUUGAUGUUUAA